UCCUGUUUCUUCAGUUGGAAACAUCAAGUGAACCAGGAAGUGUUUGCACAGCUGCUUCCAUGCUGCUAGAACCAGCACCAGGUCAGCUGACUCUCAGCAGGGUCAUGUGGAGCUAAAAUUAGCCAGCAGAUCUGAGGUCAGCUUACAGCAGCAUGGAGGACGGCUGCAGGGCUCCAAGGAUCCUCAGAGGGGAAUGAGCCUGCAGCUCAGAGGUCAAAGGUUGCCCCACCUGUGACAUCAUCUGGCUGUCAUGGCGGGUGCGGUGGUCUGCAGCUCGGUGAGCUCCAUCAAAGCUCUGUGGGAGACGCGAAUCAAGAGAGUUAAGGAGGAGGAGGAGCAGAGGAGGCAGAAAUCCAGGGGCGGGACCACAGGCAGACUCGGCGUCCGGGUCUGGGAGGACCGGGCGAUUCUGGCUCGGCUGAAGGAAAAGCUGCAGACAGAAGAUGGAAGACUGGUUCUCCGCAUUGAACAAGAGGAGUGGAAGAGCUUGCCAGCAUGCCUGGUCCAAUUCAUUCAGGUCCAGGAGUGGCAGAUCCACAGGACUGGCCUGCUAAAGAUUCCUAAUUAUAUCUCAAGCUUUCAGAACCUUCUGGUUCUGGAUCUGUCCCGUAAUGCAGUCACAGAGAUCCCGAAACAGAUUGGUAAAUUGACCCGGCUCAGAGAACUGCUGCUGAGCUACAACAGAAUCCAGUUCGUCCCUGAAGAACUGAGUGGAUGUGAGAGUCUGGAGAGACUAGAACUGGCUAUGAACCGGGACCUCAACGAGCUUCCAGACCAGCUGAGGAACCUUAAGAGGCUUCAGCACUUGGAUUUAUCCAUGAACGACUUCCUCUUCUUCCCGGACUGUGUGGUCGCCAUGCCGGGUCUGGAGUGGCUGGACAUGGGAGGAAACCGCCUGCAGCUAUUACCUGACGACAUCUACAGGAUGGAGAAGCUGCACACGCUUUGGCUGCAGAGGAACGAGCUGGAAAAACUCCCAGAAAGCAUCAGCAGGAUGGCAAGUUUGGACACGCUGGUCCUCAGCUGCAACAGGUUAAGAGACAUCCCGUCACUGAUGGAGGACAUGACCAACCUCAGGUUUGUAAAUUUCAGAGACAACCCUCUGACCAUGGAUGUGACCCUGCCUCCGAGGAAGGCGGCCGAGGACGGAGAGGACGAGGACGACAGGGAGAUGUUUGGACGGGAGUUCAUGCAGAUGUACAUCCAGGAGGCGCGGAAGAGAUCCUACGCUGUGCUCAACAUGCACUGCGUCAACCAGAACGAUGAGGAUUCAGCUGAUAGAUAACCAACACUCAUCGGUUCUGGAAUCCCUGCUUCUUCUGGGCUCUACAGAAGCUAAUCUAUAAAAAUCCAGCAAAUUCAUCAACCGAUUCACUGGAUAAGAACCAAAACACAGUUUGGAUCAAGAGAUACGCAGCAAAGACCUGAAACGUCUUUAAUAGAAAAUGAUUUAAAGAAAUGUAGCUGAGGAAGAGUUCCCCUUCAAUUAAACAAGUUUUUAUGUAAAGUCUGAUCCCCUUAUUUCAACGGCAGGGUCCAAUAAGCAUUUAGAACCGGCCCAUCUGAACCUCAGACCAGCAGAACAUCAGGAGGAGGAGGAGGGUACUGCUGUCAGUAAGACGUUCUCCAGAGUCACUGCCGGAUCUACGUAGCGGGUCAGUUUGCUGCUGAAUCCUUGGGUCCUCAGGAAGUCCCGCCUGCCGCUGUCAAUCAGAACUUUGCAGAGACGACCCAGCUGCUCCCGCUCAGCUGCUGUCCAAAACCUACAGAACCACAGACUCAUCACUGUCAAUAAAUCUUUGGAUUAAUCCAAGAAA